AUGUACCCGGCAGCCGAUGACCGAGGUUUCGCGGGCCAACCACCACAGCAGAGAUCGAAAGUCAACCAUCCAUCCGAGCAAGAGCUGGAGGAAGACCUGUUCGGAGGCGAGGACGACGAGGGCUCGGCUGGCGAACUCUUGCCCGAUGAGGACGACCAUCCUGAUCCCAAGAGAGACCCACUCGAGUAUGACGAAGACCUCGACGCCCAGCCAGCCACUUCUCGUCCCUUGAACAUCGCCGAGGCUCCAUUGCCAAACCUACCGUUCCCAAAACCUUCGGAUGGCAAACAUUGGGAUCUGAGGAUCCCGAACUUCCUCAGUUUCCAUGCAUUCCCAUUUUCGGACGAAGAGUUCCUCAGCGAAGGUGCCGAUUCAGGCGAAAAAGAAGGUGGAGAAAACGUCUUAACAGAUCAGAAUGCGAUCCGAUGGCGAUGGCGAAAGGAUCCGCAAGGGAACCCUGUCAAACAGUCCAACGCCCGGAUAAUAUGUUGGGAGGACGGCUCACAGUCAUUACAAGUCGGCUCAGAGUUGUUCGACAUGAUAUCUACAGUAGACGGUCGACAGAGCAACAAUAACACCACAACCACCGCCAGUCAGCAACAGCAGGGAGCGUCCCAAGGCCUGACCUAUCUAUUUGCGCAACAUUCUGAGCUAAAACUCCUAGAGGCACAAGCCUCGAUCACCGGCCAAAUCACACUGCGACCCUACAGCUUGGACUCGCUGACCCAUCGAAUCAUCGUCGCCAAUCGGUCGCUCAUGAAGGCAAAUUCGCUGCGCCAGACGUCGCGCAGGGUGAUCACCAAGGACCCUGAGCAGGAGAAGAUCAACAAGGAGCUGGAGGAGGAGCGCAAGCUGAAAGAUAUGAAGAAACAGGACGCCAAACUUGCCCGCCAGAACUCUCGCCAAACCAAUCUGUUGGAGGGUGGAUCUAGGGGCGCAGGCGGGGUUCGCAAACGUAGGUUCAAUGCGCCGCUGUUGUCCGAUGAGGAUCAAAGACUGGAAGAACAGGAACUCGAUCGCAAAAAGAGGAAUGCUGAUCGCGAGCGUCAUGUGUCUCAAAAACCCCCCAAACCGGCCGAGCCAGUCUCUAGUGAACCUAAAAUCACUAAACGUAAACUGAUCAUUGCUUCUGACGAUGAAGAUUAA